AUGGCAUGGCAUUGUAUACCCCUUUCCUCUUUUAUAAUUUUAUCGCUCCUAGUUCUCACCACUACCGCUCAGAACUCGGCCCAGGACUAUGUGAACGCCCACAACACCCCUCGUGGACAGGUGGGUGUGGGCCCACUGACGUGGGACCCGACUCUGGCUAGCUACGCUCAGAGCUACGCCAAUAAGAGAAUUGCCGAUUGUGCCCUGGUACAUUCCAAUGGGCCCUAUGGCGAGAACCUGGCCAAGGGCAGCAGUAGCACUUUCUCGGGUUUGUCUGCAGUGAAUAUGUGGGUUGCCGAAAAACAGUGUUACGAUUACAACUCGAACUCGUGUAUGGGCGGACAACAGUGCCUCCACUACACUCAGGUCGUGUGGCGUGAGUCAACUCGCGUGGGGUGUGCUCGGGUGAAGUGCAACAACGGGUGGUACUAUGUCGUCUGCAGUUACGACCCCCCGGGCAAUUGGGAGGGGGAAUGGCCUUAUUAA